GAAAGAAACCUUUGUUUUCCGGUUGAAUCUCCAGCUGUUGAACUUGACGCUCUCGAGUGGAGCUACUUUCCAGCGGCGGAUUUACAAAGAGAGCCUGAACCUGCAGAGAUGGGGGUCAAAGUUUACUACACCACGGUCACCGCUUCACGGACGGUGAAGUCUCAACAAGCCGAGGUCCUCCGGAUUCUGGACAGCAAAAGCAUUAAGUACGAGCUGAUCGACAUCUCUGUGGGCGGUGAGCUACGGGAGGAAAUGAGAAGCAAAGCGGGCGACUCCACCGCAGCCCCGCCUCAGUUUUUCAAUGAGGACCAGUAUUGUGGGAACUAUGAGAUGUUUUCAGAGGCAGUGGAAGCAGAUACAGUGGAACAGUUCCUGAAACUGGCAUGAGGACGGCGCUCCUUCUAAAGCCGACCCCCUCCUCCCUCCACCCGGAGCCCCGUCACUGACAGCGUCUGCACCCUCUCUACGCCAUCAAGAAGAAUGCCAAAUAUCUUGAAUCAAUCUAAAGAAAAACAUUCCCCUCUUUACUGAAAAUAAGUCUUAAUCUAUUUUUUUUUAGAUCCUUACACCUGUUAGACUAAAAGUUAUGAAGCAGCUCCAAAUCCAGCAGGAAUCAAUGAGGUUAAACUAAUCUUAGCCAUGGCUGCUGGAUGGCUGGAGAUUAAACUAAUCCACUGGAUGAUAAGAAUCAACUCGGAAGCUUUCUGUUUCUAACCAUCAUCAUCAUCAUUAUGAGUUAACCGCCUUAAUCAGUAUUUCAUCAUUUCUACACCAUGAUCCACUGAAGGAACACAAGCCCUCAAAGUUUAAACUCUUAAAGUUUGAUAAAGUCUGUUACUGAUC